AUGUCACUUUUAACACAUUUGAGCAAAAUUUGUUGCGCGAGAUGCUCAUCAAUACCAUCAUCAUCAAGCAGAUUAUUUUGCCAUGUUCCGAGGGUAAAAACAGCAACUAAAGGACUUCUACGAACAACGCUCCUUUACAGUAAAAACGCAUUCAGAAAUGUCAGCGUUGUGGAAACGAAACGAGAAUCGCAAAAGCUGAAGAAUGCAUCAUGGAAGGAUCUGAAGAGUAUUCUAUCGCUAGCCGCACCAUAUAAGGGUCGAAUAAUUCUCGGCCUCUCAUUUUUGGGUGUGAGCAGCACGAUUUUCCUAUUGACGCCGCGCGUGUUGGGCAAACUCAUCGACGAAUGGGAUGAGACGAAGCGGCAGGAUCCGAACGAUCGAUCGCUUCAACUCGCGCGCUUCUUCAAAAACAAUCCGGCGGCGCUGGUCGGCGCGCUUCUGCUCGGCGCCGCCGCGAUCGCCGCCCGAAUCUAUUGUAUGCACACCGCCGGUCAGCUCGUCAUCAAUGAUUUGCGAAAAUCGGUGUUCAAUUCGGUCCUUCGGCAAGACAUGGCGUUUUUCGAUAAAAACAAGGUUUGA